AUGCCUGCCACAACAUCAGCAACAGUCACCAUCUCCGCAACUACGGUCACAGAAACAAGCAGAACCUCCACAACCUCCACAUUCGCACUCCUGCUGCGGAUUGUUGGGGAGCUUGACCUGCUCAUGUCGCAGCCGGACUCGGUCAACGCUUCUGCAGUGCCUGAAGGGCUGGCCAAAGGCUUGGCCGAGAUGCUGGGCCUUGAUUCUGUGGAGGUGUACAGGAAUACGACAUUGGAGGAGAAUGCGACAGAGGAGGGUCUGGUUCGUAUGGUCUUCGUGGCAGACGCCGAGUUUUACAUCUCGGAGGAAGCAGAGAACUUCCUUCUGCAGAUGAGAGGCCUCUCAGAUAUGACAGGGCUGCAGGUGAAGGAUCUCCUGAACGCGCAUCUCGAGCUAGCAAAUGCCACAGUUCGUGUGGACGAUGUGAGGAGGAUGUCUCUUCGAGCCAGCGCCGUUCAGGGCAGCAAUCUGGACUUCAAUGUCAUUGUGGUGGGGACUGAAGACAAUCAGGGGAGCGUGCCCCCACCCUCUGCCUCUUCAGUUGGGCUGGUAUGGCUGAUCGUUGCAGCAGCGGUCGCCAUCAUUGUGCUUUCGGCCAUCCUUUUCUUCUAUUUCUACAAGACUGCAGCGCGCAGUCAGGGCAAAGGAGGAGCAGCGCAGGAAGAGCGGACAGGCACACAGCCAAAGCAUCUGGACUUUACCAAGCCAGGGGGGCUGAUUUUGCCGGCAGAGCCUGGCAAUGAUGCGCACGAGGAGGAUGACGAGCGUGAGACCUUGGCUAUCAUCAUUGACGCCUGCAAGGAGUCCGAGUCAGAGCUAACGCAAGCCGUGACCUUGGCCCUCGACUCACUUGGCAUUGGCUUUGUGGAGGACGAGGACAUGUCCUCGCUGGCCAUGGCUGAGGCCUUUGCAGAUGCUGGCAUUGAGCUGUUCGAGGAUGAUCCCAGAGAGUCGGCCUUGGCGAUGGCUGGUAUUGAGUGGUAUGAGGACAACGGCAGAGUAUCCGUCGUAUCCAAUGAGCGUGAACCUGUUUGGACAGAUCAGCGCCUGGUGACGGCUGCUGAAGAGGCAGGGAUUUCCUUCAAGGCGGAUGACCCAGAGGAGCCGGCCAUGGAUGAUGUUCUGGAGCUGUGA